AUGUUCAAAAAAAGAGAAGAGAAGAAGAAGAUGUUUGUGCACCAUCUUGCGGCUCUAGGUGGGCUGAGCUACGGGAAGGGCAAGAUGGCCAAGGCGAUGUGCAAAUGGAGCAGAGAAAUUGCAGCGUCUGCACUGUACCAAAACAAGUGCUACAGCGAGCUGCUGGAGUGUGUGGGCAUAAAAGGAUUCCUUUCAAUCCACACAGUUAAGUACAUUUUGGUGAACAUUGCUGUGUCUCUGAAAGUCAACCAAAAAACAAGAGCACUGGAGAUUGUUAAUGAGUAUAAAGAUGUAGAAGAGUGUCCAAGAGAGUUACUGCGCUCUCUUUCUGUCCUAAUAGAGGGGCACAUGCAUUUUGAGAGCAGAAGUCUGUCAGGCUGCAAAGAGUGGCUGGUAAAGAGGGCAUACGAGCACCUGAAGAAUAAGUUUGACUUUUCUGUGUUUAUUCUUGCAUAUAGAGUUUUGGUGGAGGUGCUUAUGGAGUCAGAUAGCGUUGCUAUCCACAGACUGCUGGCAGUUGCAGACUACAACAACCUGGCAUACAUUAAAACAGCAGAAGACAUAAAGGACAUCAAGAAGCUGGAAAAGUUCCUGUCUAUGAAAGGGCUUAACUCUGGGAUCCUGGAGAGAACAUACAUACAGAUGAAUCCGCUGAUAAAAAAAGAAGAGCUUCUAAAGUAUUUUGAAAAUAACCCCGCAGACACAGAAACACUGCAGGUUGUUCUGGAGCGCAGAGUGGUUAGAGAGCUGGAGCAAACGGCAAGGGACCAGGGAAUAAUGAAGAAUGCUGUGGAAGAGAAACAGAUGGAAAAAGAGUGGGUUAUUCCAACAGAGCCCAGCAAAAGAGUUAAAACAGAAGAAGAAAGAAAAAGAGUGAAGAGAAGAAUAAAGACGUAUAAGAUAGAAAAAGGCUCAGAAAUGACAGGAACCAUAAACAUAAAAGGGGCUAAGGUAAAAAUACCCAAUGCGUUUAGAAAAUCGCACUCUGACUCUGAAGUAGACCUAGAAGAUCUGGAAGACGAGGUGAUAUCAGACUAUUUUUGCGAAUAG